ACUCUGGGGGAUACGGUGAAUAAGCUAAAUUCCCAAAAUGUGGGCGUGUACUUUUAAGAAGAAAAUGUUUUUAGAAAUUAAAUGGGAUUCAAUACACUGUCAGAUAAAUAAUAAUGGUCAAAUUAUGUACCACAGCUGUCACUGGGGCGGUACCCUUUCAAAACGUACAAUUUUGGACCUAAAAAUGUAUUAUAGUUAUUCAUUAGUUAGUCAUUGCCUCAUUAGUACAUAAGUACAUCAAAUAUACAUUGGUACCAAAUGUUUACAUAUCUGUGCCUAAUAGUCCAUAUUAGGACCUUUUUAAAAGGUACCCCCUAGUGAAAGCUGGGGUACAUAUUUUGUACCAGUGUGCCAGUUUAGCUUUAAACUCAUGCUGUUGUGUAAGUGGGGUAAAAAUAGGACCAUAAGCACAAUUAGAACUCAGGCCUAAACUUUAGUUAACUUUUAAUAAUAAUUAAUAAAUAUAUUAACCACACAGGAAAGAACAUCUUGCACCAACUUCCAAUUUUAAAGACCUUUAAUGACUGUGUUGUAAUGUUUGAUGGAUGAAUGACGUCAAAACAUAUCUUCCUGUUGUCUUUGAAGUCAUCAGUUCUUACUGCACAUCACAACGGAAAGUUUUAACAGGACCGGAAAGUGUUUCCAUUACAAUUGACCCUAAAGUGCAAAAAGUAGCGGAUGCUAAUGAACUGGAGGAAAGGCAGAGUCAGCAUUACUGUACCAAUAAGAUUAGAGAAUAAAAGAGAUUUGUAUGCACAAAGUGUAUACAUUUAUAAGUUUGAUAUUCUGUAAUUCCGUUAUUACAGUACAUACACAUUGGAAAUACUUUUGCAAACACAUAAUAUUUUUAUUUUAUGCAUUAAUCAAAUUUAUUAUUUAUUAUUAGUGUUGUUCUCAAGUUAAUGAUUGGUAGAAAGCACAGCCUCUUUUAAGGCAGAUCAACCCCAUCACCCCCCCUUUAAAUAUCCCACAAGUUUACAAUGAAGAUACAUCAGCUAUCAUCGAGAUACAGAACACGUUGUUAUAUAGUUUACACUGAAAACAGUGUUAUUUUGUUUUUGAAAAGUAGUCAAGGCUUGGCCAAUUGAUAGACCAUUUAUAGAAAUUAUAGCAUUUAUACAACAAAUAGAGAAAUGGAUUCGGGACACGCAGGGUACAGUGUACAAAGAGAGGUAAUGGAUGAACAGAAGCUGAAGGAAUUAUCUCAGAGACUGGACUACUCUCAGACUAACAUUCCCAUCUCCCAGCGUAUAAAAAGAUCACUCAGCUGUUCUGUACCCAGACUGAAGCGUGGCAUAGUUGGCUUUUUUCCAAUUUUAUCCUGGUUGCCACGUUAUUCCAUAUGGGAUUAUGGCAUGCCGGAUCUCAUCUCUGGCAUUAGCGUGGGCAUCAUGCAUCUGCCACAAGGAAUGGCCUAUGCGUUGCUGGCCUCUUUGCCUCCAGUAUUUGGACUCUACACAUCCCUAUAUCCAUCAUUAAUAUAUUUUAUUUUUGGUACCUCUAGACACAUUUCUAUAGGCACAUUUACUAUCCUCAGUAUUAUGAUUGGUAGCGUGACAGAAAGACUUGGUCCUGAUGCAAAUUUCCUUGUUUAUAAUGGGACAAAUGUGACUGAGGAGGUGGAUAUCACAUCAAGAGACCUCUACAGAGUACAGGUUGCAGCUGCUGCCACUGUCUUGGGAGGCCUUAUUCAGGUUGUAUUAGGCUUUUUGCAGUUUGGAUUUGUCGGCACGUAUCUUUCAGAGCCACUGGUCAGAGGUUAUACCACGGCAGCGUCUUUUCAUGCCGUAGUAGCUCAGUUAAAGAACAUCCUCGGACUCUCACCAAAACGCUUCAAUGGACCUCUGUCUGUAAUCUAUACUUUAGGAGACCUGUUUCCGCUGUUGCCCAAGACUCAUAUUCCAACUCUGCUGGUCAGUGUCGUGUCCAUUGUGGUUCUCAUCACAGCAAAGGAGCUUAACAACGCACUCAGACACAAACUGCUGGUGCCUAUUCCAGUGGAACUCUGUACUAUUGUAGUGGGGACAGUUAUAUCAUUCUACACUCGACUGAAUGACAGCUAUAAGAUAUCAGUGGUUGGGGAAAUCCCAAGUGGACUUCAGCCUCCCAAAGUCCCAAAUGUCACAAUCUUUUCUGAGGUGGUGGGGGAUGCUUUUGCCCUGGCCAUUGUGGGCUAUGCCAUUUCUAUUUCACUUGGCAAAACCUUUGGUCUUAAACAUGGUUACAGAGUAGAGAGCAACCAAGAACUGGUGGCUUUGGGUCUCAGUAAUACGUUUGGAGGUUUUUUCCAAUGUUUUUCAGUCUGUUCUUCUAUGUCCCGAAGUCUCAUACAGGAGAGCACAGGUGGCAAGACACAGAUCGCAGGAGUUGUGUCUGGUGUAAUAGUGCUGGUGACAAUACUGAAGUUAGGCUCGCUUUUUCAAGAUCUACCUAAGGCAGUUCUUUCUGCAAUUGUCUUUGUCAAUCUGAAGGGGAUGUUCAUGCAGUACUAUGACAUAGUUACUUUGUGGCGUACCAGCAAGAUUGAUCUGUUGAUAUGGUUGGUGACAUUUGUGUCUACUGUACUCUUUAAUUUGGAUAUGGGUCUGGGUGCCUCCAUGGCUUUCGCUCUAUUGACAGUGAUCUUCAGGACUCAACGGCCUAGGUACUCACUGCUAGGACAACUUCCUGGCACUGAGCUUUAUCUAGACAUGGAAACACACAAGGAGGUGAGGGAGGUACCUGGUAUUACCAUCUUUCGCUCCUCUGCCACCAUGUACUUUGCAAAUGCUGAACUCUACCUUGAGGCCCUUAAAAAGAAGAGUGGUCUGGACAUCGGAAAAAUGCUCACUUAUAAACGCAGACAGGAGGCUAAGCAGAGACGUCGAGAGAGGAGAGCAGAGAGAAGAGCACAAAAAGAAGCCAAACUACAGAAAAUAGCUCUCAGGGCAGCCUCUCAGCGAUCCAAAAAUGUUGUAUUUUCAGUUGAAGAAGUGGCAGAACAGUUGAGAGAAAUGGACGAAGACACACUGAGAGACGAAGAGCCCGGUUGGAUAGAGCGAGAAAACAGUACGGUGUUUGUAAUGCCCGAGACACCACAGACAUCUGAUGGCCGUCACACCUGGAUGUACCUUAAGGGAACUGACCCUGAUACAGCCACCCUUGGGUCAUUGUCAGAUCUACAUGAUGGGGACACCACCACACUGGAUUCAAGCAGUGAAGACACUGUAAGCAGAGACCUGGAAAGGGUUUCUCUGGGAUCCCUUGGGAAGUGGACUUGGGAUAUACACUCUAUCAUCUUAGAUUUCUCUACUGCUAACUUCAUCGAUACAGUGGCCAUCAAAACGCUGAGGAAUAUAUUCCAUGAUUUUGGAGAGAUUGAUGUGGAUAUCUACUUAGCCGGCUGUCAAACACUGGUGGUAGAACAGCUUGAACGUGGUGGGUUCUUUUCUGAUGUCAUCACCGAAGGGCGUGUCUUUGCUACUGUGCAUGAUGCAGUUUUGUACUGUCUCAAGCAUCGGGGAGCUAUGACCAUUAACAACCAUGAGAAUGCUCUGGACAUGAGUGGUACCCAUCUAUGAGAGAAGACUUCUGCUUUGUUCUAGUUUUAUAUGGUUAGCUGUAAAUUUCUGCAUUAAGUUUUUAAGCAUUUUGGUAAAGAUGAUGCUAAUAAAGUAUGACUGUUACUGUUGUAUGGUAUGACAAUGUUUGAGUAGGUAUGUAAAUUAAAUAAAUUUGCCUUUAAAUUAA